AUGGGGGAAGAGCGAAUGGUAGAUACAUGGGUGGUCGGCAAAGAUGAUGGAGGUGGAAUGAACGCGACGAGUGGCGCGCAUAGGGUCCCUGGGGGCAGGGCGGACAACAAGGGCAUCCGGUCGGAUGACAGAGGGGUGGAAAUAGUGGCAACCUCCCGCUUGGGAGAGGCAAGAGAGAGGGUUUCGCCCUACUCGGAAGGUGGACGAAAGACGGUGGGAACGAAGUGUUCGCUGCGCAAUCCUCUAUAUAGAAGCGGAUGGGAUGACCAUCCAUCCAUCAAUCAAGCACCAGCGAAGAAAUUUCUAAUGGGCGGUAAAGAAACCAAUCCCAUUGUUCAUAUCUCCUCCACUUUGAUCCUAAACAAAAUCCUUUUCUGGCUUCAACUUCUCUUAAUCUCCAAAGCCACCACCAUCGCCCAUGCCGAUCACCAGGAGCAGCGCAUCCUCCUCCGCCUGAGAGCUCACUGGAGCAGCACAUCUGCUCUCAGCUCAUGGAGCACCUCCGCUCCCCACUGCCAAUGGCCAGGAGUCCAGUGCGACAAUGGUGGCUUCGUCAACGCCAUAUCCGUCCCCAACAUGAACAUCACCCAGUCAGUCCCAGCCUUCAUCUGCGAUCUCAACAAUCUCUCCCGCCUCGACCUCUCCUACAACAACAUCGCCACUGGCUUCCCUACUGGACUCUACCGCUGCUCCAGCCUCCAGUACCUUGACCUCUCCCAGAACUACUUCGUCGGAGAGAUUCCCAGCGAUAUCGACAAGUUGUCUUCUCGCAUCACGCACCUCGACCUCUCGGACAACAACUUCACCGGCGAUGUCCCACGGACAAUUGGCCGGAUUAAGUCGCUGCAGUUCCUGCACCUCCAUGACAACCAUUUGAAUGGUUCGUUUCCAGCCGAGCUUGGCCAACUCUCCAUGCUCCAAAAUCUCACUCUCGCCUACAAUCAUUUUGCAAGCCAAUCGAUUCCCGAUGAGUUCGGGAACAUGAAGAGCCUCAAGUAUCUCUGGAUGUCAGAAACUCAAGUCACGGGUGAGAUACCGGAGAGUUUCAAGAAUCUAAAUGAGCUGGAACAUCUCGACCUGGCCAUGAAUUUGCUUAAUGGCUCAAUUCCUGAAUCCAUAUGGUCGCUGGAGAAGCUCAAAAGAAUCUACUUGUUUGACAACAAGCUAUCCGGAGAAAUCAGCAGCGAGAUCAGGGCGACAAGCUUGGAGGAGAUCGAUGUGUCCGAAAACAAUCUCAAUGGGUCGAUACCGGAGGGAUUCGGCAACCUCAUCAAUCUCACCAAGUUGUUCAUGUUCUAUAAUGAGCUAUCCGGCGAGAUUCCCUACGGCAUCGCCUUUCUUCCCGAGCUAUAUGACAUUAGGCUCUUCCGUAACCAGUUCACAGGAGUUUUGCCGUCGGAGCUCGGGAAGCACUCCAAGCUGAGGAAUUUUGAGGUGUCAGACAACAGGAUUUCCGGCAGCUUGCCCGAAGGCCUGUGCACAAAAGAAGCUCUAAAUUCGGUGGUGGUCUUCAACAACAACUUCUCUGGCGAGCUGACGGUGUUUCUCGCCGACGAGUGUCACACCUUGAGUAACAUUCAACUCUAUAACAAUAGAUUCUCUGGCGAGUUUUCCCUCAAGAUAUGGUUGAUUGCGGUAAAUUUGACGACAGUGUUGAUCCAUCACAACCUCUUAUCUGGCACAUUGCCAGACACACUGCCAAGGAGCCUAAGGCGCUUGGAAAUCGAAGACAACCUCUUCUCUGGAAAAAUCCCAUCCUCAACACCAGAACUGCAAGUUCUCAAAGCCAGUAACAAUAGGUUCUCAGGUGAAAUUCCGACAGUACUCACAGGAAUGUCAAGGCUCCUGAAUCUAUUGCUUGAUGGAAAUCAAAUCUCUGGUUCAAUUCCGGAGGGCAUAUCUGCUUUAAAGUCAGUUACAGAACUCAACCUCAAGAACAACCGCCUCUCAGGAAACAUCCCACCAGAAAUUGGACUGUUGUCAGAGCUCAAAAUAAUAGACCUUUCAUGGAACAUGCUAUCGGGGCAAAUACCGCUGGAGAUGGGCAACCUUAAAUUCAACUCCCUUAACCUGUCUCACAACCAACUAUCCGGCGAGAUACCCCUCCAGUUGCAGAACCAAGCUUACGAGCAAAGCUUUUCAGCAAAUCCUGAUCUCUGCUCCUCCAAGCCCAUAUGGAUUCAUGCUCCUAAUGGUUGCUGUGAUCGGGAUAUUGAUUGGCCGCCGGCAGCCCGACGUCGUCCAUGA